AUGCCCGCCCAGUCCGCUGAAUCGGCCGGCCGCGGCUCAUCUGAGGCAGGCUUAUCCGAGGGCGGUAUAUCUGAGGGUGGUUUACCCAGUGGAGGUGGGUAUUCCGGCCUCGCUGCUCCUGCGAGGGAGGAGGAAUUGGAAUCUUUGGAGGAGUUCAGAGUGGUUGGUAAGGGUGGGAAGGUCAAGGGAGGCGACAAGGGGGAGCCUGUGGAGCUGGAGACACGUGGCGUGCAGGGAUUGGCGGAGGAGGAAGGAGCUGCAGCACGAGCGGAGCAGGAGCGGGGAGAUCUAGCGGGGGAGAAAGAGAAGGCAGGGGCGGAGAAAAAAGAAAGGGCGGGGAUGGAAAGGAAAGGAGGGGCAGGGGCGGAGCAAGAAAAGAUUGCAGGGUUGGAGGGGAAAGAGGAAGGGAAACAAUGGGCUGGGGCAAAGUUAGAAGAGGGAGCAGGGGAAGUGCCAGGGGCGGAAUCUGUUCCCAUGGGCGGGGUGGAUACGGGGGAAGUUUCUAGUGGGCGCACUGGCACUCGGGGGACGGAAGGGGGCAUUGAGGCGCAGGAGACUGCUGGGUGGCAGGCGGAGAGGGGAGGCGAGGAGGUGAGGCGGCUGGAAGAGGGGUUGGGGAAGAUGGCGCUGGGGGAGGGGAGGGCGCAGCAGGGUUUAGGGGAAGGGGCAGGGGGAAAGGGGAUGCGCGGAGUGGAAGAGGGGCUGCAGAGGCUGUCGGUUUCAGACAUUGGGGGGAUGAGAGGACGUGGUGGGGAGGGGGAGAAGACAGUGGAAGGCGCGCAGGGUGAGAAGGCAGGGAAGGUAAUGGAGGAGGGGAAGGGUGGGGAGGGAGGGAAGAUAAUGGAGAAGGGGAAGGGUGGAGAGGCAGGGGUUUCUGGAACGCCCGAGCGGCAGCAGCAUGUGGAAGGGGUGGAACAGGGAAUGAGGAGGCUGGCAAUGUCUGCUCAAGGCGGAGAGACUGGUGGGGAGGCAGGGAAGGUAAUGGAGGAGGGAAAGGGUGGAGAGGGAGGGGCUUCUGGAGCGCCUGAGGGGCAGCCCGAGGUGGAAGCGGUGGAGCAGGGAAUGAGGAGGCUGGCAAUGUCUGGUCAAGGCGGAGAGAGUGGUGGGAAGGAACGGAAGGAGGGGGGGAAUGAGGGAGGUGGGGUGGAAGUGGGGGAGGCAGAAGGUGGGGGAGGGGUUGUGGCGGGUGGAGGGGUUGUGGAGAGGGCACAGGACGUUGCCACGUCAGCUUGGACCAGCACAACUGGAGCGAUCACAGAUACUGUCAAGGUGCUCGGCUCCCUCACUGGUUUCGCCCCCACCAGUACCGAGGUGCCUGCUAACGCUGCACGAAGCUCAGGUGCAGGAGGGACUGGCGAUAGAGGGAUCUGCGUGUUCAAGAGGAGUGGAAUGUGUCGGACAGGUGCUGCUGGUGUGAUCAACGUGGUGGGUGUGCAAGGCCUUCUGUGGCAUGGGAGGUGGGAGAGGUUUGAUGGAUGUGACGCCGGUGGUGUGAUUUCAUGUGGGGUGUGCUCGCAGGGUGUGAUUGGAUGUGGGUGUGAUCUUGUGUGGGCUGCGCUGUUUGUGGUCUGA